GACAGAACAAUAUUAUAUGAUAAUAUUUUCCUUUCCAGUCAUUCUCUGUGCUUAGCAUGCGAGGUGCACAUAGCAGGCUUGUCCAGCCGUUAAGGAGUAUGGUUGAAUAACCUUGGACCCCCUUGUGAAAACUGGUGAAGAUCUUCAGGUCAUGCCAUACCUGGCUCACACAGCUAAUCUUCAACUCGCAGGAUUUGCUUUUGCCACCGUGGGCUGGAUUCUUAACUCAAUAACUACUGGACUUGUCCAAUGGAGAGUGUGGCACGUGACUAAUACCACUGUUAUAACCUCUGGCAUUGCAUGGAUUGGCAUCUGGAGAACAUGUUUCUUCAGUCAGGUCCUGGACUCUUCAAACCAAGAAACCAUGUUCUGUCAAGAAUUCAGUGUCACGGACGCCUUUGUACCCAAAGAGAUCUUUGUUGCUCAAGGUCUUAUGGUUGUGGCCAUUAUAUUAGGGGCAGCAGGAAAAGCUUUUUCUGUUUGGGCACUAAAAAACAUUUAUCAAGGAUCAUCUCGUAUGCAUUUUAUUCGUUACUGGUUUACAUUAGGAGGAAUCCUGAAUUUACUCUCUAGUCUUUGUAUUAUAAUUCCAGUGGCUUGGAAUCUCCACUCAGUUGUGAACAAUGUUAGUAUAUAUUUUCCAAGUUCAUAUGAUAUGCCAUCUAGCCCAGAAAUGCAGGAAGUUGGAGCUGGUAUUGCGGUCGGAAUAGUCGCCGCAGUCCUCCUAUUCCUAAGUGGAAUUUUUUUUCUCUCUUACAAGUUACCGGACAGUUUUGAUUGUAAAGUUCAUCCACUUUCCAAAUUCUCAGACAAUUUCAGCAUAUCCUCAGGGUUUUCUUCAAGAUCUUUAAGCCUUGCAUCCCGAAACUUUUUUGCAGAACCUAUACUUAACUGCGAUGGGAUUUCCAACAAAGCCUAUGAUUCAGAGCUCGAUGACAAGCUGUGAAUUUAUGCGUCCUUUUGAUAUUUAAUGGUGUGCUGUAAUAAAAACCAUUUAAAUUAAUAUCACAGAAUAACUGCAAGGACAAAUGAAGAGUUUUCAUCUUCAAGGAAAAUGAAAUAAUGUGACAGUUUGAACUUCAAAGACCCGUAUCUAAUGUUUAACGCAAAGACAUCUUUAAUACAUUUAAUUGGGAUAUUUAUUGUUAUUCAGCAUUUUCAUUUUGUGUGAAGUUGCUUACUGUAUUGAAGUAUUAUAUAUAAUACUGUGCUGAGAAAUCAUAUUUUUGUAGAUUGGAUGUUAUUAUUUUGUCAAAAUGGUGUGUCAAGAAACAUAAUGUUUACAGAAUAGCUGCUUUGUGGGAAAUUGCAAUAACAAUGUAUAUGCCAAUAGUGACACAGAGUGGUAGGAGCAAUAAACAUUUGCUUAAACAAAGUAAUAACGCUCACCUAACGAAUAAAUGAUAUAUUUUUAUAGGUAAGUCGAGGCAAAUACUUGCCAAUCGACUGAUGGUACUCUAAACAAGACACGCAUGUUGCUAUAGAUUUACACUGUGGAUAUAUACAUUUUUUUACAUAUACAGCCGAUUUAAGGGUUUAUAUAAUUUUAACUAACAGAGUUUCACAAACCAGUUAUUUUUGCAUCUAUUUUGCAAUCUGGAAUUUUUAAUAUAAUUUUUUAGUAUAAUUUGCAAACUUAUAUAUUAAUGCUAUACUGGGAUGUUUAGUACAUGUAUUUUCAUCUGCUAUCCCCUUAUCUCUCUAGUACAGGCAUAGUCAACCUUCGGCACUCCAGAUGUUUUUGACUACACCUCCCAUGAUGCUGUGCCAGCAUUAUGGGUGUCAGAGCAUUAUGGGGGAUGUAGUCCACAACAUCUGGAGUGCUGAAGGUUGCCUACCCCUGCUAUAUGUGUGGCUAGGACUGCAUAAAUAGAAACAAAAGUGAUUUAACUCCUAAAUGUCAGAGUAUUGAGCCGGCAGAGCUAAGAUCUAUACACCAUAACUGCUUUCUACAAUACAUACUGUAUAAUAUUA